AUGGUAUGUAAACUACAUAAAUCAUUGUAUGGGUUAAAACAAUCGCCUCGUGCAUGGUUUACAAAACUUACUCAGGCACUUCUGAAUUGGAAUUUUUCUGGUUCUAAGGCUGAUACCUCAUUAUUUUUCUUCUCUUCAAGCCGCGAUAUUCUUAUUGUGCUUGUCUAUGUCGAUGAUAUCAUUAUUAUUGGCAGCACACAGGGUCUUAUUACUUCCUUGAUUGAUUUUCUUAAUAAACAUUUUACUGUGAAGGAUCUUGGACAAUUGCAUUAUUUUUUGGGUAUUGAAGUACAUCACUCUGAUAUGGGUUUGCAUCUUAGUCAAACAAAAUAUAUUACGAAUCUUUUGAAGAAAACUGGCAUGUUUGACUCCAAACCAUCUGAUACUCCUAUGUCUUCCACUGUUUCCUUGUCUUUAUGUGAUGGUGUUCCCUUAGAAGAUGCCUCAGACUAUCGCAACAUUGUUGGUGCUCUUCAGUAUUGCACACUGACACGUCCUGAUCUAUCUUUUGCUGUAAAUAAAGUAUGUCAGUUCAUGCAUUCCCUUACUGUCUCUCAUUGGCAAACUAUUAAGCGUAUCUUGAGGUAUUUGCGUGGAACCUUGUACCAUGGUUUAUCUAUUUCCCCAAUUUCCUCUCCAUCUUUGGUGUGUUAUACUGAUGCUGACUGGGCUUCUUGUCCGGAUGAUCAUCGUAGUACAAGUGGCUAUUGCAUAUUUUUUGGAGGUAAUCUUGUUUCAUGGGUUUCUUCGAAGCAAAAGGUUGUGUCACGUUCUAGUACUGAAUCAGAAUAUCGUGCUGUUGCUAAUGGAGUUGCUGAAAUUGCUUGGUUGAAAUAUUUGCUUCCUGAGCUUCUUGUUCCUCUGGAUUCUAUACCGUGUAUUCUUUGUGAUAAUAUGAGCACUAUCUCCCUCUCUGCAAAUCCGGUCUUGCAUGCCAGAACCAAGCACGUUAAAAUUGAUUACCAUUUUGUUAGGGAAUGUGUUGCAACUCAAACUGUACUUGUUCAAUACACUCGCUCGUCUGAUCAGCUUGCGGAUACGUUGACCAAAAGUCUGUCGACUUUCAGAUUUCUCUCCUUACAUUCCAAACUUAAUGUUCUUCAUAGACCCUUAAGUUUGAGGGGGGAUGAUAAAGUAUAG